GAAAUUUGAUCUCCUUUCUCAAUGACAGCACUGCCUGGAGAGAUUAUCAUUGAAGUUAGGCUAUUCUGCCAUUGCUGCUUCAGCUGGAAUGAACACAAUGACUUAUUAAAUGAUUCUGAGAAAAGCAAGCAGAGAUAGAUAUUGAAGAAAAUCUAGUCUAAUAUUUUAUACUGAAUGAUACCUCUGGUCAUCCGAUGAAUUUAAGCAGUCGGGAUUCAUAUUGAUCAAUGCAUGUUUUUUUGGCAUUAGAUAACUGACUAAAACUCAAGUGUCCUAUCUGGAGAAAUAGACAGAUAUAAGCUAUGGCUACUGGAAAAGAUGACAUCAAUUUUAAAGACCCGAGUAUGGAAUUUGAUGACUAUCCACUGGACCUCAUAUCACCUAUAACCACCAAAGAAGAUUCAACCUUGUCUAACUUAAAGGUAAAAUCUUGGCCAUCUAAACAAACAGACUCUGAGGUUGAUACGCCAUCUUCUGCCUGGCGGCCAACACAACUAGAUUUAAAAAACUCUACACCAUUGAUGAAAGAAACUAUACAAGAGGAUACAUCUUCUUCAAAAAAUGAUACAACAAUAGAGAGAAAUUUCGAUGAAAGUGGCGCUCUGACCCUGAUGUUGUUAGCAUUAUUAACAUGGGGCACAUUAUGGGCCAUAACAGGAGAGGCAGCACUUCCAGGAGGCAAUAUAUUUGGUCUUGUAGUACUGGGCAUUGCAUGUUUCAUAGGAGGCCUUCUCAUAUCCAAGUUACAUCUACCACCUUUACUAGGAAUGCUUGUAGUUGGAUGUCUGCUACGUAAUAUCCGUUUAGUACGCACAAUUUCAAACUGUACACAGAACUCCACAGCAUUGUCUCUAAAUAUAUCAGAGAAUACAUCUGUUCUUUAUAACUCAACACCUGGAGCUGAAGUGUGUCCUUAUUACUUAGCUUCUAUUGCAAGUAGCAUAGAGGAUCAAUGGUCAUCUGCAUUUAGGAAUAUAGCAUUCGUCGUGGUUUUGAUCCAGGCCGGACUUGGCUUGGACCCAAAAGCUCUUCGUAAGCUGUCAUGUGUGGUCAUACGCCUUGCCUUUAUGCCUUGUAUGGUAGAGUGCGCUGUUGUGGCCGUUGCAUCGCACCUGCUGCUCAGCUUUCCCUGGGAGUGGGGAUUUAUGCUUGGGUUUGUCCUGGCAGCAGUUACUCCAGCAGUUAUAGUGCCAAGUAUGCUGUCUCUGCAGACCAAGGGUUAUGGUUAUGACCAGGGGAUACCCACCCUUGUUAUUGCAGCAUCUAGCAUUGAUGAUGUCCUUGCCAUCAGUGGAUUCACAAUUGUUUUAGCCAUGGCAUUCACCAAAGGUGACUUUAGUGUCAUGACUGUAGUGAGAGGACCCCUUGAGGCUGUUAUGGGACUGGUAUAUGGUUCUAUGGGUGGAGUGGCCCUUUGGUACUUUCCACACAAGAAGCAUAGACAUCUGGUUCUGUUUCGAUUCUUGCUGUUGUUUGGAGGUGGCCUGUUUGGGGUAUUUGGUAGCAGGGCUAUUGCUUACCCUGGUGCAGGGCCACUUGGAGCCUUGACCAUUGCAUUUGUAGCAGCUCUGCGCUGGCGCAGUGAGGGCUGGACAGACGAGGAGAGCCCAAUGAACUCUAUUAUGGAUAAGCUGUGGCUGCUCUUCCAGCCCUUGCUGUUUGGACUGAUAGGAGCAGAGAUAGAUGUCUCCACCAUACAGGGCUCUAGUCUGGGCCUUGCGAUUGCAGUAAUGUCAAUUGGUCUUGCCAUACGUAUGGUGGUCUCAUUCCUUGCAGUGUUUGGAGUGGGCCUCAGUCUGAAAGAAAAGUUCUUUAUACCAUUUGCCUGGCUCCCCAAAGCCACUGUGCAGGCUGCUAUUGGAUCUGUGGCAUUAGAUACAGCCAGAGAUCUAGACCCCACUCCAGAGAAACUUCAUCUUGGACAACAGGUGCUUACAAUAGCAGUAUUGGCAAUCCUGAUCACAGCACCUCUUGGUGGUGUCGCCAUUGCACUGAUGGGGCCAAGACUUCUGAAGCCAUCUGAAAAACAUCUGGACUCCCUAAAAGAUGAUGCAAACAUGGACAACCUUGCCCCAGUUGAUAAUGAAACAGUUUGCUUAAGUAGCUAUAAAAACAAUGAUGUUGAGAAUGAUGUGAAUUUGAGAUUGCGUGCAGAGCCACCUGGUGCUGGUCCAGAGGAUAAUGACCACAGCUGGGGCGAGUAUUGGGAGUAUGAUGAAAAAGACAUAACAAAAGAAAAUCUUGACUCCAGCGCAGAUAUUACUCUUAAAAGUCAAAACGCUAGGAUUUGACAGCUAUAGUAAUACAUACACAUAUACUACUUAGUACUGUACACUGGCAUCAGUUCGACUGAAAUAUUGUUUUUUAACAGGGUAAUGCCAAAAAUAUAAAAACCUUUGAUAUGAUAA